AUGACUGACUUGAAUCUCCUCUACACGGUUGGUGGCUAUGCCGCCAUCUUUGGUGUUGGCUACGCCAUAUACCACCUUUCCACCCGGCCUGAUGCAAAGCGACGAGCUGCCGUUGCCAAGGCCAAGGCUGCUCAGCCCGAAGUUCGCAAGGAGGACAGAAAGAAGAAGCAGCGCAUGGAGGCGUUUGCUCAAGAUGCACAGUCUGCCUCCAAGACCGCCCCGACCUUUCCCCCUGAGGUCAAGGAGCCUGAGGCUAGCACGACCACCGGCCGUGACACCAUGGACGACUCCGCCGCCAACCGCGAGUUUGCUAAGCAGCUCUCCAAGGCCAAGGAAGGCACCAAGUUUGCCGGCAGAUCUGACGCGAAGCAGCGCGAGAAGUCCGUCAAGCAGUCCAAGGCCUCUCAGAUGGACGGCGCCAAAAAGGCCGCCAAGGCCGAAGCCGCUGCUCCUGUCGCCCCCGCCGCCCCGGCCGAGCCCGAGACUUCCGCCGAUGUCGAAGAGCCGGUCGAGGAAGAGACUCCUGCGGUGCCCGCCGAGGCUGGCCGCAUCGACGAUAUGCUUGAGCCCAAGGCUGCUGCUCCAAGUGUUCUGCGCCUUAGCGAGUCCAAGCCUACUCAGCAAAAGAAGAAGGAGAGCAAGCCCGUCGAGAAGCAAGAGACCAAGAAGCAGCGGCAGAACAGAAAGAAGGCCGAAGCUGCCAAGGCUGCCCGCGACGAGGCCGAGACUGAGCGCAAGACUCUUGAGGAGAAGCAGCGCCGCCAGGCUCGUGUUGCCGAAGGCCGCGCUGCCAAGGAUGGCUCCCAGUUCACCAACGGUGCCGCCGCUGCCUGGAAGCAGGGUGCUCCUAACGGCGCCAGCGCUCCCAAGACCAAUGGUGAACUCCACGCACCUCUCGACACGUUUGAGCCCGUUUCUGCCCUGACUAAGAAGCAGACCAAUGGCGCCGUCAACGCUGUGCCCGCUGUAGUUGAGCAGCCUGCUCAGCAGGAUGAGGAGCAGUGGAGCACCGUCAAGGCCAAGAGCUCCAAGAAGAAGACGGCUGCGGCCAGCAACUCGGGUGACGAGGAGCCUGUCGCUGCCCCCAAGGCUGCCAUCCUGGCUGCCCCUGUGACCAAGCAGGCCGCUCCCAAGAGCAAUGGAAACAGCGCCAACGCUAAGAAGGCAUUCGGAGGCUCAUUCUCUGCUCUGACGAACAACGACGAGGCUGAGGAGGAGGAAGAGGAGUGGGAGGUCUGA